GCCUCUCCUGGAGACAGUUUAGUCUUCUUGAGACGGAAAGGCUAAAGCAAGCGCCGUCAUGUCCCUGAACUGGUCGUCCAAAGAGCCAAAAACACAAAACCAGCCCGUAGCGGGUGGACAGAAGAGAACGCGCAACGACGCGGGGAACAAGGUGAUGGUGGUGCUCGGUGCGCAGUGGGGGGACGAAGGAAAAGGGAAAGUUGUCGACCUUUUGGCCACCGAAGCUGACAUUAUCUGCAGAUGUCAGGGAGGCAACAAUGCAGGACAUACAGUGGUAGUUGAUGGCAAAGAGUAUGAUUUUCACCUUCUCCCCAGUGGAAUCAUAAAUACCAAAGGCAUUUCACUCAUCGGUAAUGGAGUGGUCAUACAUCUACCUGGACUGUUUGAGGAGGGAGAUAAAAAUGAAAAGAAAGGUCUGAAAGGUUGGGAGAAGAGACUGAUUGUUUCAGACAGAGCUCACCUUGUCUUUGAUUUCCACCAAGUUGUUGAUGGGUUGCAGGAGACGGAAAGACAAGCACAGGAAGGAAAGAACAUUGGUACAACAAAGAAGGGCAUUGGUCCAGCAUACUCCAGCAAAGCUUCUCGCAUUGGCCUGCGUGUAUGUGACCUUUUGGGUGACAUUAAUGACUUCUCCACCAGAUUUAAGAAUCUCAUCCAUCAUUAUCAGUCCAUGUAUCCAUCCUUGAAGGUCGAUAUUGAUGACCAGCUAAAAAAACUGAAGGAUUUUGCAGAGCGAUUGCGCCCGAUGGUCAGAGAUGGGGUCUAUUACAUGUAUGAAGCUCUUCAUGGACCUCCAAAGAAGAUUCUGGUUGAAGGGGCUAAUGCUGCUCUGCUUGACAUUGACUUCGGCACGUAUCCUUUUGUGACUUCAUCAAACUGCACCGUGGGAGGGGUGUGCACUGGACUCGGCAUUCCUCCGCUCAAUAUUGGGGAUGUGUUUGGUGUAUCCAAGGCCUACACCACCAGAGUGGGAAUUGGAGCUUUUCCCACAGAACAACUAAAUGCAGUUGGAGAGCUACUUCAGACAAGAGGUCAUGAAGUUGGCGUGACCACAGGAAGGAAGCGGCGCUGUGGCUGGUUGGAUCUUGUCAUUCUCAAAUACGCUCACAUGAUUAAUGGCUUUACUGCCAUUGCUUUGACAAAACUUGAUAUUCUGGAUGUGCUUGAUGAAAUUAAAGUCGGAGUUGCCUAUAAACAUAACGGGAAGAGAAUCCCUCAUUUCCCAGCCAAUAUGGAUAUUUUGCACAAAGUGGAGGUAGAGUAUGAGACCUUCCCGGGUUGGAAGACAGACACUUCUGCAGCCAGGAAGUGGAAUGAUCUUCCUGUCAAGGCACAGAACUACAUUCGUUUCAUUGAGAACCACAUUGGAGUUCCCAUCAAGUGGGUUGGUGUUGGAAAGUCCAGAGAGUGUAUGAUCCAGAUGUUCUAAACAGCUCCCUGAAAAAGACUGGGACAAUGGGGCAUGUUUUAUCCACAAAAAAAUGUUCUCCCUGAAAAAAAUACAAAAACAUAUGUAUACAACUACUGAGAUGUGUUGAUUAAGUGUCUUCUGGGGCAGUCAAACAUAGUAUACCCAGUUUCUGAAGGUCCUAUGAUGAACAGUAAUAUACAGCUGCAUUUUAUGUACAUUUUAUGUGAUAGACCAGUACAAAGGACUGCAUAAAUAUGCAAAUCUUGUAGGGUAUGACUCUACCAGCUUUGCACAUCUAGAGUGAUAUUUUUGCCUAUUCUUUUGUGAAAAUAGUCCAAGUUCAGCCAAAGUGUACGGACAGCACUGUGAACAGAUAUUUUCAAGCCCUGACACACUGAUUCUUAAUUGACCUUGGGUCUGGACUUGGACUAGGCCGUUCUAAUCCAUACAUUUGCUUUGAGACAUACAUUGUAAACAUUUCGUUGUGGCUCUGGCUGUAUGUUUAUGGUUGUUGCCCCACUGAAAGAGGAGCCUCCUCCCCAGUCUAAGUCUUCUCCGAUGGGCAAGGUGUUCUACCUUGCCUGUCUUGUCAAUAUAGCUAGAUGGUCAUGUCUUGGCAGAUUUGCAGUUCUUCCAUACACUUUCCAUAUACACAUGAUAGACUGAACAACGCUCCAUGAAAUUUCCAAGGCUUGAUAAAUUGCAUUAUAAUCUCAGCCUACUUUGAACUUCACCACAACCUUUUCUCAGUUGUCUAAUGUGUUCCUUGGACUUCAUGGUGUUGUUUGUUUGCUAACAAACCUCUGAAGUCAGAUUUCUAUUUAUAUUGAAAAGAAAUUACAAACAGGUGGUCUCUAUUCACUAGUUUGAUGUCUUUUGAAGGCUUGAUUGGUGGCAUUAGAUUUUAUUCAGAUGUAUCAGAGUAAAGAGGGAUUAUAACAAAUAUGUACCACUUUUGUCAGAAUUCUAUUUGCAAAACAUUUUGAAAACCAUACUUCGUUGUCCUCCAACUUAAUAACUGUACCCUAUUUUGAUUGGUAUAUCACAUUAAAUUCAAAUAAAACUAUGAGGAGAUGUUCAUGUUCAAGGGGUGUCAGUCCUGUAAUACACUCUAACUGUUAUUUGUUAUUAUAAGAAAUACAAAUAAAUAAAAUAUAUACCAGUUGUA